UUCACACACACAAUUUGAACCUCGUCAGAACUCGCCGCAAAGUCGAGCGGGCGGAAACAAAGGAGUUUGCUCUCCACUACCUUCAAGAGGAAAAAAGGAAAAAAAGGCCUGCCCUCCGUUCCGAGUAACGAUCAUAAGUCUCCAGAGAAAGAGACAGACAGGCGGCUUUAUACCCGUUUAUCCCACCCACCAUGGCCGAAACCGACUCGUUCCUUCAUCUCGCUCGCCCUUUGGGCCCAGUGGCUGUGGGGUCUGCACCGACUACCGCUCCUUUGAAUGUUGUCAUUCAGCCUCAGGCUAUCUUCUCGAUCCUUGACCACUCUCUCCGCCGCAAUGCUGAUCAAGAACGUGUCAUCGGAACCCUGCUAGGGACUCGAACGGAGGACGGGACCGAGGUGGAAAUUCGCAGUGCCUUCGCAGUCGGACAUACCGAAACGGCAGAACAGGUCGAGGUGGACAUGGAGUACCAGAAGCAGAUGCUGGCGUUGCACCUUAAGGCGAAUCCGAAGGAGGUCCUCGUCGGUUGGUACGCUACAUCGUCCGAGUUGAACACCUUCUCUGCUUUGAUUCAGAACUUUUACAGUGGCCAAGGCGAUGGAACCUGGCCACUUCCUGCUGUCCACCUGACUGUGUCUACGGAGCCUGGGAAAGAUAUUGAGACGCGCGCAUACAUUUCUGCCCCCGUCGGCGUAACUGCCGAGAGAGCCGCAGACAGCGCGGCCUUUAUUCCUGUUCCAUGCGAGAUCAGAUAUGGCGAAGCUGAGAAGAGCGGAUUGGAGGCCAUUUCCAAUGCUAGGGACGCUGAAGACCGAACCACCAGCAUUUUCACUGACAUCGAGUCUCUGGAGCGCGCUGUCGAGGAAGUCAUCGGCAUGAUCGACCGCGUUUCCAGAUAUGUCGAAUCUGUUAUUGAUGAGGAGGCACCGGCUUCGACUGCUCUUGGCCAGUUUCUUCUCAAUGCCCUGGCGCUGUCGCCCAAGGUCGAACCCGGUGAUAUUGAAAAGCACUUCAACGAUCACAUCCAGGAUGUACUCGUCGUGUCUUAUCUGGCCAACACCAUUCGUACACAGAUGGAACUGUCCAACCGGCUAGCAACCGCCCAAUUAACUCUCGGUGGAGAAUCCGGUGCUACUGGAGAACGCGGCCAACGAGGUGGAAAGGGUGGCCGCGGAGGGCAACAGCGGGCUCAAGAGCGAGUUACUGAGGAAGCCCGUGCUUAGAGCGCUCGAAAGUUUUGAGAAAAGAAAGGAAAAGUUGUAAAUUUUUUUUUUCUCAAUUAUCUAUGACUUUUUUUCUUUAUUCGUUUAUUUUCGCCUCUGGGGUUCCUCUUUUUAUAUCUCUUUAGGUCUCCUUUGAGCCCUCUUUGCCUCUCCUUUGGCAUUGCAUCUUUCUUAAUGCUUGGCGUAUCGGAGUCAUCUGUCUAUGUUCAGAUUGAAAACAGGGGGUUGCGCAUAGGCUCAGAAAGGUGAAAUGAAUGGGUAAGAAAAGAAGUGGCCUGGGAAAGUUCUGCUUCCUGUUUAUUCUCUGAUUCUCAAGGAGGGGCAAGAGAGAAAAAAAAAAUCAAAGGGAGGAGGAAAGUGAUGUAGACCUAAUCCUUUAUGAGGCCGUCACUCCUGUCACGCCUUUAUUAAGCAGCAUAUCAAUCAUGAUGGAAUGGACAUAGAUGAGCUCAGCUAGAUACCUCUAUUUCACUUCAUUU